AUGGCUCGCUUCGGCGACAGACUCACGUUCAGCACCCCGUUCUACAACCACGAGGGCGUGCUCGUGCCCGGGCCGGGGAGGCCCCACGUCAUCGAGCGGGUCAACCCCGGCUGGGGGAUGUCGCGGGGGUUCAGCAGCGGCGGGAGCGGGUCCUCCGUCUACACCCCGAGGGAGUGCAUCGUGAAGCGGCCGCUGGAGGAGGGCGAGACGUUCGUCGCGACGCCGCCGUGCGUGCCGCGCGAGCAGGCGGUGCGAGAGGCGGAGCGGAAGUAUCGGAACCGAGAGAAAGAGUGCCCGUACGACCUGUUGUCGAACAACUGUGAGCACUUCGCCCGGGAAUGCACGGAGGGCAGGCCGUACAGCAAGCAGGUGGACGACGGGGUCAAGACCGCGGUCGCGGUCGGGGCCGCGGCCGCGGUUGGCUUUCUGGUUUACAGGGCGAUGGCGCCGGCGAGCGCUUCGAAGCAGAAUUGA